AUGACAACGGCAAUAUCAUCUCGCCUCCUCCGGCUCGCGCGGCCAGCCCUCUCACACUACAAGUCCUCAGCUGUGCUCCUCGCGACACGGCAGCCACCGAUGUCCCAGAACCAGCAGAACCAACACGUCCGCUACGCCUCGUCCUUCGAGAGCGGCCCCGCGCCGCCACGCCUCCCUCCGAAAGAACAGGCCGAGUUUGAACGCCUCCAGCGUACAGCGAACACACAAGAGGGUUUCAACCCCACGUCAACGCCGGACUUCUCGUCUCCCAGCAACGGACAGACUAUGCACGAAGCGGUGCCCAAUAUAGAAGUUGGCGAGCCGAAUGCCAUGAAUACACCACUACGGAAGGGCGCGCCGCCCGAGUUUGAGGGGGAGACGAAUCCCCAGACGGGCGAGGUUGGUGGACCCAAGAACGAGCCGCUGCGGUGGGGUGCUGGAGGUGACUAUAGCUACAAUGGACGGGUUACGGACUUUUAA